AUGAUGACCUACAGCCGCUCAAUUCCCUUUGCCCUCCUGGCCUUGUUUGGCACCGGCUUGGCCCAAACCGUGUCUGGCCCCGAGUUCAACAAGCCUGACGCCGGCCCCCCAGGAAGCUAUUUCGCUGCUGGCUCGUCUAUCCCCGUCGCUGCUUUGAAGACCGCUGCUGGCAAGGCUAGCACUGCGGCAAAGAAAGCCACUUAUCCCAUCAACGGCGAUGAAGGUGCUAAGAAAGUGACCAUCUACAGCGACUGGUCCAACUUCAACGAGGGCGCGGCCUUUGUUUGGACUGCUGAUAUGGAUGUCGACUGCGAUGGCCUUGACCACAACUGUAAGGGCAACCCUGAUGGCCAGCCACAGACCAAGUUCGGUGCUUUGGCUGCCUAUGAAGUGCCAUUCAUUGUGAUUCCGGACACCUUCGCAAAAGCCUAUGAGUCUUCUCUGAAGGGAAACAACAUCGGUGCAGUGAUCUGUGAUGGAAAGAUGUUCUACGGCAUCUUCGGAGACACCGAUGGCGAUAACCCCGAGGUUAUCGGUGAGGCCUCGUGGCUGAUGGCCCGGACCUGUUUCCCCAAUGAUGACCUGAAUGGAAACAGCGGCCACGGAGAUGCUGAUGUUACCUACAUCCUCUUCACUGGAGACCACGCGGUACUCCCCAGCACUGCUUUCAACAACCACUACGUCACCAAUUUCACCAGCUUGCGCACUACGGGUGAUGAUCUCGUGGCCGCUCUUGCGAAUAACCUCAAGCUGGGAAGCGGAGGUGGUGGUGGUUCUCCUACUACCACAUUGAAGACCACAACUACCUCUGGUACCAGCCCUACUGGAGGAGCUUGCGAAUGGGAGGGACACUGUGCCGGUGCCUCUUGCUCGGACGAGAAUGACUGCUCGGAUGAACUGGUCUGCAAGAGUGGAAAGUGUGCCCCCGAAUGA